AUGGCUUCCCUUGCGACGGCGUGUCGUAUCUCGGCGAGGGCAGUUGGCCGGAGAAUGCCCGUUGAGGCCAGAGGUUUCCGAACCUCAGCACGAUGCCUCGCCGCCCAGAACUUCUCCAUGCCUGCUCUGUCCCCGACCAUGACGGAGGGUAACAUCGCCAGCUGGAAGGUCAAGGAAGGCGAGUCCUUCUCCGCCGGUGACGUGCUCCUCGAGAUCGAGACCGACAAGGCCACCAUGGAUGUCGAGGCCCAGGACGACGGCGUCAUGUUCAAGAUCACCACCGGCGACGGCGCCAAGGCCGUUCAGGUCGGAACCCGCAUCGCCGUCAUCGCUGAGCCCGGCGACGACCUCUCCUCCCUCGAGAUCCCCGCCGAAGAGCCCUCCGCCUCCUCUAAGCCCGCCGAGUCCAGCAAGGAGGCCCCCAAGAGCGACACCUCCGAGCGCCGUGAGGCCCCCCAGGCCGAAGCCGGAUCCCAGCAGAAGGGCGCCGCCGCCAGGUCCUCCGGCGGCAAGCCCCGCGAGCAGCGCUACCCGCUCUACCCCUCUGUCCAGCAUCUCGUCAACGAGCACGGUCUCGACAAGGACACCGUCAGCAGAAUCGAGCCUACCGGCCCCAACGGCCGUCUCCUCAAGGGCGACGUCCUCGCCUAUCUGGGUUCCAUUAAUGCCGAGACCCCUAGCAAGAUUAUGGAUCGCGCCGUCAAGCUGUCUCACCUUGAUCUCAGCGACAUCAAGGUCGCCCCCAAGAAGGAGCCCGAGACCCCCAAGAAGUCCGCCGCCCCUGCUGCCCCGGCGCCCCCCGUCGAGACCGAGGUCGCCCUCCCCGUCUCCCUCUCCAAGGUCCUCGAGGCCCAGCAGCGCAUCCAGUCCACGCUGGGCGUCUUCAUGCCCGUCUCCACCUUUGUCGCGCGCGCCGCCGAGGUCGCCAACGACGACCUGCCCCCAUCCGCCCGCAAGCCCACCGUCGAUGAGCUCUUCAACCAGGUUCUUGGCCUCGACAAGCUCGCCCCCCGCGGCACCAGAGGAUACUACCUCCCUCAGAUCUCCGCCCUACCCGAGCCAUCCUUCGUCGCUCCCCGUGCCGCUACCCCCCGACGUGGAGGUGACAUCAUCGACAUCCUCGCCGCCCCCAAGAAGGCCGCCCCCAAGAAGGCCGCCGCCCAGAAGCCACGUGCUGCUGCCUCCGCUGCUGGCAGCAUUUCGUCCGGCAGCAACCUGUUCAGCCUGACCGUGCCUCAGGGCGACGAGAAGCGUGCCAAGGUGUUUUUGGAGAGGGUCAAGUUCAUUCUGGAGGAGGAGCCCGCGAGACUCGUUCUGUGA